UCUCAUUGAUGACCCAGAUGUGCAUAAACCUCGUGAAUGAACGAUAUCUUGCAUUCAAACCCUGGAAUCUCUGAGGAGAGAACAGAAAUCAACAAAGCAGGACAAGCAAGAUAGCGCAGCCUGCUGUUACCAUGAGGGUCUUUUUGGCUUCGAUUUUUGUGCUUAUCCUCCCCAUCAUUCGGGCUCAGGUUCCCCACUGGGGUCCGUGUCCAGAGCCAGAUGUCCAGCCUGCCUUCAUCCUUAAACAGUUCAUGGGGAGAUGGUUCGAAGUUGCCAAGCUGCCGGCCCAGUUUGAGAAGGGCCGCUGCAUCGAGACCAAUUUCACUCAGACAGGCAACUCCAUUCGAGUGGUCAGCUCGGAGAUACUAAAAGGAGAAGUGAGGAAAAUCCAAGGGACCGGCGUGAUAGAGGAUCCAAGGAAUCCAGCCAAACUGGGAAUAAGUUAUUCCUACGUCCUCCCUUACUCCCCUUACUGGAUUCUGUCCACUGACUACGUCAACUUUGCCCUGGUGUACUCCUGCACUGACGUCCUCAGGCUCUUCCACGUGGACUUCGCCUGGAUCCUGGGUCGCACCCGCAGCCUGCCGGACGCCACCCUGGAGAAGGCCAGGGAGACCUUCUCCAACAACAACAUCGACGUGACCAGGAUGAUUCCCAGCAGGCAGCAGGGCUGCGACAAAACCCUCUGAGGCUGCGGCGGAAAAGCAACACAAGAUGGCGCUGUUGCUGGUAGAAGAACAGAGAUGAUUGCAGAUCCUCUCCUCACUUUGUUUCUACAGAGAAGAGUUUGGAUAUUGUACUGCAGUUGUAAUAAAGUGUUUAAGCUGAGCUGAGUAUGUUUGUGGAAAUGACUGUUUGCCUGCAGAUUAAAGUACAUGAAAAAGCC